AUGGUCUCACCAGCAGCACCAGGAUUAUUCCUCGCCUUUGCGGCUUUAGUCUUACUGCUAUUCGCAUCCAUCUCACCCCCUGCAUGGGACGAAGUGGAUUUCCUACAUGCUCAGACCCCAUCUGGGAAAGUCGUAUACGGUGUAUUUGGUUAUUGUAUUAAGAAUGGGGCUUGUAGUCAUAGGAGUGUAGGGUAUGAUUUGAAUUUACCAGGAGCUAGCAACGUCUCACUUAACGACAAGAUCCUCCAUAACCUCACAUACACUCUCAUCCUCCACCCUAUCGCCGGUGGAUUCGCCUUCUUCUCUUUGGUAUUCGGUUUACUCGCCGCAUGUGCCGCCUCGAGAGUAGCCACGAUAUUCAUGGCUCUCGCUGCUGCCCUCGGAGCUGUCGUCACCCUCGUCAUCUUCGUCAUUGAUAUGGUACUUUGGAACGUGUUGAAGAACAGGAUUCAAGAUGCUGGGUAUCAGGCUGGUUUGGGCAACGCCAACUGGUUCACUGUCGGCGCCUUCGUAGCUCUCGUCCUCUCUAUGUGCGCUAGUGUAUGCGGAGCCUUUGGAAGAUUCAGUUCAGGUAGAUUUGCCGGUGAGCGAUACUAA